AUGGACACUCUACAGCAAAUCGUGCACAACUUUGCAGUCGUCGUCGGGCUGAACCACCUUCGAAUCCAUUCUUUGUAUUACCUCGGCGAGAUGAGAUUCGACACGCUCCGUACGCGAGUCACUAAGGUCGAUCACAAGCUCAGCAGACAGAAUGUAAUGUCUUUAUACACCCUGUGGCUUCAAAGUAGAGCUUUCUAUGUGGAAUUCUCGGCACUCCCCAUCAAGGAAUGGUGCUCCAACUUGGCAGAACUCCGGUGUAGUGGACAGGGGGUCAUGGAUACGUGGGGGGAUUCUCUUCACGAUCCUCAGUACUAUCAUGGUGCUCUCACUCAUAAGGAUACUGCAUUAUUGAGAAGGGUAUAUAAUUCGAUCAAGGAUUACUACGACAAAAAGGGAGGCAAGCGUCCUCAGCAGACCGGAGGCUCGGGAGGCUCCUCGAGAAGCAGUACGGCGAACCCUCCUCCUCCUCCUCUUGACAACAGUGGGUUCUUCAAGCAAACAACUGCAUCUGUCACUGGGGAAAGUAGCCAAAGUCUACCAUCAAAGCAGCGUGGUACCCAAGCGGCUGACUUGGGACAUCCAACGGGGACGCCAUCCGUCGAACCGAGAACUUUGGAGCAUUCUGAAGCUCCGAAGCCUCUUGAGAAUGGCAUGUGUCGGAGAUGCAGGGCCACAGGUCAUGCCAUCUCCGACUGUCCCACAAGGGAUGACCCGUCUUGGGAUCCUCCUCCACAUCCAAGAUAUAUUUGCAAUAUCUGUGGAGAGUAUGGAUCCCACUAUGUGUGGGAUUGUCAGUUUCAUCAGUCCAAUAGUUCUGGAGAGCAGAAAAAUUGGAAGGAUGAACAUGCUAUUGCAGCGCAGCCACGGCAUUUUGCUCCCGCCGUUGUCCAUCCAGCGGAAGCCUUGAGGAACUAUAUCCCAUCCAGUCGAAUCCUCUCGGCCGGCGACGAUGAUUUGUGUCGGCCGAUAGGAACUACAAAGGCAGACCCGGUUGUUUUCCCGCGUUGUGCUGACUGGCCCAGCUCGGCGCCAGUAUCUCGCUCUUGGGCGAGUGUUGAGUCCGAGAGGAGCUACCAACUAGGUGGCUCCGUCCGCGAACCUGGCCGCUUGUCUCCUUGGGAGGAGGAGGAUAAACGUGGCGCCCUUGACGGUGAGAAAAAGGUUGAAAAGAGAUCCCGCAGCGAGAGAGAUGAAGUUGCUCAUCACCAGGCGGACGACUUUCUUACCAGACUUGGGCAUGCUCUCAAACGUAAUCUCGGUACUAAGGCUCCGCCUGACGACCUCAUUUGCGUAGAUUAUGACCCCGUUGCGAAGAGGCCGAGGCUGGAUUUGGAAGAGGGUGAAGUGGUGGACGAGAGUAAUCUUCCGUCCCUCAUCGCCAGUGUGACAGCUUCAGACCGAGGGAGCAAAGAUGAAAGCUCUCUUGCGGAACCACAGUCAGGAAGCUCUUAUACGGUUGAAGUGUCGGCAGAGACUGUUGGUCAGAUCGGCCGUUGCCCAACUGCACUUGAACAGUCUCCGAGUCAGCAGUGGGAACAUACCACUCAAGAGGCUCGAAAAACUGCAAUGGAGCUGUGGCAGAAUAGCCGUGAUAUUAUCGAACCCCAUUCCAAGUUCGAUAAAGAGGCUCAGUUAUUUGCUGACGAGGUACAGACGGAUGACGAGUUUAUCGAUCACUCCACUGUAGCUAGGGGCCGAGAGACGGUUGUCUUUGACGGCGAUGGUGUCGACGCCAAGGUAGACAAGAAAGUAACACCUAGCGAUCCUCCUUUUACGGGGGAGGGCUGUGGCGGAAGCAACGAUAGCGGCCAGUCUAUCCAAUAUACUGGUGACGAUGGCGGCCAAUCUCUCGCAGACAAGUCGCGCCAGGCUGACGAUAUAGCCACCUAUGUCGCUAAAGUCAAGCUGGAGAGGGAUGGCGGUAACGAUAGAGCAGUGAAGGAGAAUAUGGAAGCCCUUGGCUGCCGUUGGCUGAGAUGGUUUGGUGGUAGUGUUUCGCCGGAGGCGGAGUCGAGGGAGGCCAAGGGAACAUGA